GAAUGAAGUAGCCAGUUGGAAGAUUUGUGUUAGAGAAAAUGAAGAAAUAGCAUUAUUAAUAAAAAGACUCAAAAAUAGACAACUAGAAGUAAAACUUACCUAUGAGGCCCAAAGUGCUUAA